AUGAUGUUUAAGAACAUUAAUAGUAAAGAAAUGAAAUAUGGAUAUUCAGUGGAAGUCACAGGUGAUAAUAAAGCCCGAAUAGUGAAACCUUCAAAUUUUACAAAAAUCCGUCUUUCACCUUUAAAUUCAAAAUUCGUAUUUCAUGGUACACGAAACAGUAUAUUAAAAUGGAUGUCCUCACACUCGGGACUACUGGUAGAAUAUGAUCCAUUAGAUCAGGGGAGAAAUGGGUCAGCUUUUUCACCACCACCUUCACCGCUUCUUUCUGCUUACCCAGAAGUUCCAGAAAUUAUUCCUUCAUCUCCCACAUCAAUAAAAUCCACCUCAGUUCCUUCAAUUAAUACAACCUUUUCUUCAGACGAACCACAUAACAUUACAUUCGAUUUAUUCACAAUUCCAAUUAAAACUUCAGCAUUAUUAUCAGAUGAUUUAGCAUUUAGUAGACCAUUGAAUAUUGCUUUAAAUUAUAUUCCUUGGCUAGAAGUUAUGUUGGAAAUUCGUCCCACAGAUGAAUUUAAAGAUUCGAAAUUAUACCCUAUACAUAGGGUAAUAUUAUCUUCUGGAUUAUCUUUAUCGGAAAUAUCUAAAGUUUUAGAGAAAAGUUGGAAAAGUCUUAUUCCAGAUUCAACAGCUUUUAGUCAUGAUUGUUUUAUUAGAAAUAGUGAAUUAUUAUAUCCAAGAAAGAAAACCAAAUCAAAUUCUUCUGGUUCAAUUUCUGCAAAUUCGGAUAACGAAGGUGGUGGUGAAGAAGAGGAAAGUGAAUAUUCUUAUCAUAAAGAAAAGUAUCAACAAAAAUUAGCAGAAUGGCUACCUAAAUCUGGAAUUGCGAGUCGUGUUCGUCAAAAACAAAGUCCUGACGUUAUACCUCCAGGCAUAUUAACUCCUUAUAUUAUUGAUGAUGUUUUGGAAAAUUUCGAUGAAAAAAGUGAAAUGGUUAAAGAACAUAUUCUUUCAGACAAAAGAAGGGAAGCAGAAAUGAAUGAAGAAUCAUUUAUAGCUGAUUUACCACAAUAUGAAAAUAUUUAUAAAGACACAUUAUUAGAAAAAAGGUAUUAA